AUGGUAGAACCCGCGCACUCCUCACUCUUUGAAAAAGCGAUCAUCGUGACCCCGAUCGGUCCGAGUACCUACGCCGCGUGUCUUGACCCGGCAUGGUGUAUCGGGAAAGUACCACAUGGUGGCUACACCAUGAGCAUCUUCUAUCGAACCGCGGCUGUUCAUUUCGCUCGCAAACAAAGCGAGUCCGAGCCGAAGACAACCAAGACACCCAAACUGCCCUCCCCGGAACCAGUCGGUCUGCAACUGUCGUUCCUGCGACGGACACUCGCUGGUCCCGCUGUCUUGACCGUCCAGGAAGUCAAGAUCGGGACUAGAAUAAGCACGAUCCACGUAUCCCUAUCGCAACCCCGCAACAACCCCGGUCCGUCGGCAGCAACCACACCUGCGGUGCAGGACAAGAAGGACCAUGAGCGUGAGCUCGAGGUGAAAGUGGUCGGGUACAUCACCGUGAGUCCACCAGCGUACGAAGUGGGUCCGGCCGUGACAGGCCCGUGGCAGGCUACUCUCUCUCCGCCCGUGGUCGACUUUCGUGCCUUAGCGGAGAAAGGAGGCGACGGUGCAUGGGUGCGCAACCAGUCCCCUCCACCCGGUCUAUUUGCAGCAGGACAUGCGGAGCUCUUCUUCCCAGUAUCUACCCUUGCGUCAGCCAAGACACUGAAGGAUCAGGUGAAGGGGGUUGUAGAGCAAUGGGCGUGCUUCACGCCGGGAGGGCACCCCGCGCGGUGGUCGAAUGAAGCCGUGCUGUACUUGGCGGAUAUGUUCCCUCCUGCAUUGAACCGGUUGGGUGCGAUGGAGAUACAGAGGCUAAAGCAGGUCGGUGCGAUUUCCGCAGAAGCUAAGGCCGGGCCGUUCUGGUAUCCCUCCGUCACCUUGAAUGUGGAUUUGAAGACCCGGCUUCCGGCAGAGGGGGUCGAGUGGUUGCAUUCGCACGUCGUGACGCGGAUGCUCCGUGGAAGCCGGGCGGACCUGGAGGUGGUUAUCCACAAUGGACAGGGGGAGCUGGUGGCGACGAGUACGCAGGUGGCUUUGGUGGUUGAUGCGGCGAGAAAUCUUAAGGGCAGGGAAGCGUCUGAGAGAUUAUAG